AUGGACACGAGCGCAAUGUCCCCGACCGAAGGAGAGCUGGACGGCUACGACGACACGGCGCCGUACAAAGAGCCAGCGAGUCUCUUGUCGUCGACGAGCACAAGUCCAGCAGAUCCAGAUCUCGGAGCUACUGGCCCAUUGAGUGCCGUGGACUCGCUGCCCAGUUGCACCAAGUUGAAGCGACUGAAGCGGAAGGAGCGACUGCGCACGCAGUCGGAAAGUGCCGCGUGGACGAGAGCGUCGCUACGGAUGCGGCCGUCUCCGGCUGUGGACGACGUCGACGCGGCGGCGACACCCGCAGCAGUAGCUACAGCAGAUGGUGCGCCCUGUCUCGCGACACCAGGAAGACCUGACGAGCCCCGUUACGACCACAUUGUGCGGACCAGUGAGAGCUGCUUGUCGCAUUUUGCGCUGGACAUGAUCGAUGGACUGGACGUGGCAACCGUGACAGGUGGAAAGGACGUGACGUACCGUCGACGCAGUCACGAUAGUGUCUCGAUGGCCACGACCGUCGUGCUAGCGAGUCGAGAAGGUGUGAUCAAUAUGUGGCGACAACAGGGACAGAUAUCGGAACGGGCGUCGGAGAUUCUAGAGGAUGCCAAGCUGUCGCUGCAUGGGAAGGAGAAGAAUCUGUACAAUGCGUCGUUGCGGCGGUUGUCCGAGGCUCAUGAUCCUCGACUGAACACACUUGGAAAAAGGAUGUCGUCUGUAACAGCUGUGGGCAGCAAGACGGCCCCCUUGGCUGCGACUAGUAACGUUUGUAGCGUCGAGCAGUGUGCGGAGGACGGAUCUGACGAGGCAAUUGACAAGACAGAAGUGCUGGACAUGGUGUCGACGCAUGGUGAUACGGAUUCGAUGCUGCCGAAUGGAGACAGGCCAACGUUGGAUCUCGAUGAAGAGAUGAGCGUGCACUCGCCGUUAGGAGUGGAUGAGCGGGAUUCUAGUUUUCGACCGCAAUCGAGAACAUUGUAUCAUGAAGCUGUGAAAUGGGAAGGCGUAUUGACGAGACGAAGUGAGUGGCUGAGGAGGUUGGAGCGACACUACUACGUACUCGAAGGCAAGUUCCUGCGAAGGUUUGCGUCGAAAGAGGCGUAUUUAUCGUCUAGAGACGAGCCACUUGUGCCUCACCAUAUCCAGCCACCAAGCGAUCCGGGUAAGCCUGCACCUGGCAGCCCUGCUGCUAGUACGAUUCGGCGUAACUCUAGCAGUCCAGCGUCCAGCGGUGUGAGUCAUCUGUACGUGCUAGCAGGGGUUAAGGACUCGUCUAGUCGUGCGAACGGAUUCACCUUCAUUACCGAAGACAAGAAGACUUUGCAGGUGACAGCCCCAACAGCCGUGGAGAAAAUAAUAUGGAUGCGACUUGGGCUUGAAGCUAUAGUAGCGCUUCCCACGCUUCCUGUCGCACCGCUUGAUAUGGAGGAAUUCUACGCGAUGUUGGUGGUACUCUACACGGCCCACAGUGGAAAUUGGCGAACGGAGGGCGACAUGGCUGUCACGCUUCCCCCGCCAUCAGAGCAGGUGUUUACGCGUUUCUUUCGUUUGUUGGAUAAGGAUGUUAUUUUCUGCUCGAACUAUCCGCCGUCAGUGCCAUUUCACGGAUCGUUCCGCGGCCACGCUGGCGUCGUGACUUUCAUGCAUGACUUUGCUCGGCAUACGCUUUGGACCAACUUCAAGAUUGGUGGCAUGUCGAUCGAUGGAUCGAUCGCUGUUGCGUCAGGCAAGGAGGAGCUCGAGAAUCGGCGUGAUGCGCGCAAGUUCGUCCAGAACUGGAUACACAAGUUCACAUUCUAUUCAGAUGGACGACUUGCGCGAUUUGAGAUCAACGGCGACGUCGUAGCAGCAAGUGCGGUCUUCAAAGUCCCUGGUGCAGCAACGACACUUAAACUUCCGCAAGAAUAUAACGAGGUGGACGCUGAGCACGGCCUUGACGGUGUAUUGCUUGUUCGAGUCAUGCAGGGCCAUGGACUCAAGGCAGGUAUUUCUGUGAAGAAGAUUGUCAAGGAACCGAGCAUUACGGUGCGGCUACAGUACCGCGAGCAGCCUGAGCCCAAGUCAAUGUCGAGUGCGUCCACAUCAAGUUCGUCUACGUCCGCUUUAGUGGGCUCGUCGACACUUAUCGGUGGAAUCACGAUGCCGAAUCUAUCGCGGAAGUUUAGUUUUAUGACCUCCGUAGCCAGUUCUGCCGCUUCGGCAGCGUCUUCUGCUGUUGGUGUUGGUCAUAUGACCACCUCUACGUUCAACAGUUCGACUCCGGUGGUAGAUUUACUAAGCACCGGUACUCCUCGCAACACUGGAGACGAAUCGUAUUUGCCGACUCACCCGGUAUGGAAUCUGGUGCUGGAGCUCCCGUUCAGUGAUGUCAUCGGCACAUGCUCGCUAGUGGUGGACGUAAAAGAUCACUCGAAGAACGGGGUCGAAUCGCAGCUCGGUUUCGCUACGCUAAACGUGGCCAAAUACCUGAUGGCUGCAGACAGCUCUGAGCGCACGAAAAAGCGAGAAGAGGCGGCUAUGGCAGCUGAUAGCAAAUGGUAUUCCAUUAGCAACGCGAAAGGUGAAUAUUGCGGUAAGGUCCAGCUUGGUAUUACCUGCCGACGCGUUAAGCUGGACGAGAGUGAUAGCGUACAGCCGCGACUAAACAAGAGCCAGAGCGUCGUGAUUGACCGGAAGAAUCCUCCGUCAUCGUACAUGUUGCAAUGGGAUGCCACUCCAGCAGCUCAUUCACUACCGUUGUUGGGUGCUGCGGCAACUCCGGCACUCAAAAAGGGUAUGACGCUGGACGAAAUACCUAGUGGGUGCGAACAUGCGCGCCGCCAUGGCUGGGCGAACGUGAAACUCUCUCCAGAGAACACUGCCCGUACGCAAUCGGCGGGUGCCAUUGUUAGCGGUGAGUACAGCAAGGACGAUGAAGAUGAUACAGUGAACAAGCACUUUUCUUCAGGGGAGGGAAAUGGUGUAGCGCUACCAACAGCAACAGACGCUGUUGUGUGUAAGGAGAAUGCUGGCAUGCAUACGUUCAUGGUGUGCGGGGCCCCUUUCACGAUUCCGCGUCAUUACCAGCUCAUUAAAGUAUGCGGCCGUGGUGCCUAUGGCAUUGUGAUUGCCGCCACGAAUUUGCGAACGGGUGGUAACGUUGCGAUUAAAAAGGUCAUCGACUGUAUAUGGCACCCACAUCAACUCAAGCAGAUUUUGCGCGAGUGCCGAUUGAUUCGACACAUGGCUCAUGAGAAUAUCUUGAGUUUGCUGGACUUGAUUCCACCGCCAUCGUAUACCGAUUUCCGUGACGUUUACAUGACGGUGGAUUUGAUGGAAAUGGAUCUGCACCGCAUUAUUUACUCGAAGGAGGUAUUACGUGAUGAUCAUAUCCGUUACUUCUUGUACCAAAUGCUCAGCGGCUUGCAUCACAUGCAUCGUGCAGGUGUGCUGCACCGCGACCUGAAGCCCAGCAAUCUGCUGAUCAAUUCUGAUUGUCAGCUCAAGAUUUGCGAUCUUGGACUAGCACGGUCCAAGGAAGCGGAUGACGUGGGUAUGACCGAGUACGUGGUCACGCGCUGGUAUCGUGCACCGGAGCUUUUGCUGGGCAGUGCUUACGGCGAAGGUGUGGAUCUUUGGGCGGCAGGGUGCAUUUUUGCCGAGAUGCUGAGCCGCAGGCCUUUGUUUCCCGGUGAGACUUAUGUCCACCAGCUCCAGCUUAUCAUGAAUGUGCUUGGCGUGCCGGAGGAGCACUCGUUCAAAGAGAAUCCGUUGGCCAACAAGCUGAAGGGCCGUCAACUACUGAGCCGAACUCAGGCCGUGGCUGGGGUCGACACGAGCACCAUGUUCCCGAACGCAAAUCCCGAAGGGUUGGACCUGCUAUGGAAGAUGCUCGUGUUUGACGUGGAGAAGCGUAUUAGUGUCGAGGAGGCGCUGCAGCAUCCUUAUUUGGCCAUGUAUUACGAUGAAGAGCGCACGAAUGUGCCGGUGGAGAAGUUUGAAAGUUUUGAUUUGGAUGAUCUCGACGAGUCGGAUCUCAAGGAGCUCAUGUUUAAGGAGAUUUGUCAUUUCCAUCCCGAAGAGAUGGUCAAGCGUGCGCAACAGCAGCGGGAGUACCCCGAGACCGUGGAGAAACUUCCUCCUGGUUGGGUCAAGCGCGAGUCGCGAAGUGUGCCUGGCAAGUAUUACUACAGUAAUCUGAAGCGCGGCAUCAGCACGUGGAUCAAGGAAGAAAUGGAUUAA